AUGCUACCAGCCUGCGUGCCUUCCAACUGUGCCUCCCAGCCUGCGUGCCUUCCAACUGUGCCUCCCAGCCUGCGUGCCUUCCAACUGUGCCUCCCAGCCUGCGUGCCUUUCAACUGUGCCUCCCAGCCUGCGUGCCUUCCAACUGUGCCUCCCAACCUGCAUGCCUUCCAACUGUGCCUCCCAGACUGUAUGCCUGCCAUCUGUGCCUCCCAUGCCAACACUCCUCAGUGCAGCCUCCCAGCCUGCGUGCCUUCCAACUGUGCCUCCCAGCCUGCGUGUCUUCCAACUGUGCCUCCCAGCCUGCGUGCCUUCCAACUGUGCCUCCCAGCCUGCGUGCCUUCCAACUGUGCCUCCCAGCCUGCGUGCCUUCCAACUGUGCCUCCCAGCCUGCGUGCCUUCCAACUGUGCCUCCCAGCCAGCGCACCUUCCAACUGUGUAUCCCAGACUGCACUCCUCAGCGCAGCCAUCCUCUUACCCGCCCAGUGGCACCUCCGACCCCUGUUCCCCCUUGCAUGCUCACCUGAAGUAGCCCUUUUUGUGCAAUGUCUAAAGCACGAGAAGACUGGAUAA